AUGGCCACCCCAGAAUACUCUCCAACCCAAGAAGCUCAACGCAUUUUAGGUUUCUUAUGCCAGCAAUCACACGCCCUCAACCUCCCCUCCGCAGUCGCCGACAACCAAGACGUCGUCCAAUUCCACUCGACCACGGGCAAGAUAUUCUUCCCCAUCCCUUUCAAAGAAACCGAAACCCUCGCCGCUCUCAAGGCCAUCGAGGCCCUGACGGCCGCUGAGCUUGCCAAUCUCCGGUUCGGCAGCAAGAAAAGGAAUGUGAGCGUUAGUUUAGAAGGGGCUACCUACUUUGGGUGCCAGGCUUAUAUGGCCAAAGUGGGCGGGUUGGGGAAAUUGGAUCCAGAUGUACGAUCCAAACUCAAAGAUACCGAUCUUCUGGCCGCACAAUCAAAUGGAUACCGAAGAAUGUCCGCAAAUCUCUACCGAACCAAAGACGGCAAAUUCUUUCACAUCCACGGCUCCCUAGAGGCUACCUCGACCCUGAACAUGAUUGGCUUGGAAGGGCAACGAUCGGAUCUGACCGACUAUCAGGAAAUCAUCAAGACCAUCGAGGCCCAUGUUAGCAAAUAUACUGCGGCAGAGCUGGAGGAGAUGAAUGCAGAAAGGAGACAGGCCGGGGUGACUGCGUACAAAUAUGACGACUUUAUUCAAACACCUCAUGGAAAAUUGAACGUACAACAACCACCUUGGAAAGUGGCCAAAUUGAGAGGAAACUUACCCCCGACACCUUUCCCUACUACAACAACAACUAGCACCGGUAAAGUCCUAGGUGGAAUCAAAGUCCUCGAACUCUGCCGAAUUAUCGCCGGCCCAACCAUCACUCGCAUCCUCGCCGAAUACGGCGCCGACGUUUUGAAAAUCACCAGCCCGAGUUUGAGCGACGUCCCCUUUUUCCAGGUCGAUGGCAACAUGGGCAAACACGCUGCCGAUCUAGAUCUCAAGACCGCCGAGGGCCGUGCUGAAUUUGAGAGGCUGCUGGCGGAUGUUGAUGUCUUUGUGGAUGGAUACCGCCCUGGCGCGCUUGAGAAGCUUGGGUAUGGGCCAGAGCAGCUGGCCGAGCUAGCAGAGAAACGGGGUAAAGGAAUUGUCUAUGUAAAUGAAAACUGUUUUGGAUACGAGGGCGAGUGGGCUGGGCGUCCUGGAUGGCAGCAGAUUGCCGACUGCGUAACCGGAAUCGCCUGGGCCCAGGGCCAAUUCAUGGGCCUCGACACACCCAUGGUCCCUCCCUUCCCAAUCUCCGACUACGGCACUGGCUGCAUGGGCGCAAUUGCAGCUCUAUCAGGCCUCUACCAUCGUGCCAAAACAGGGGGCUCAUAUCACGCAAAAGCCUCAUUGAUGCAUUACGAUAUUUUACUCUUCGCGGUUGGCAAAUAUCCCGAUUUCAUCCAAAAGCGUCUACGUGACGAGCAGUUGCCCGAGUUUUUUAAUCUGCGGCAUCACGAUAGCGUUGAUCGGAUAUCUGCGACUACGUUGCGGAUGCUGCGUAAGCGGUUUCCAGACUUGUUUGAUUCGUUGUCAUCACCAUAUACGGAGAAAUGGUUUUCGGUGGGUUAUAAUGAGGAGAUUGAAGUUGUCAAGCCUAUUGCGCAGAUUGACGGCGUUGAUAAUACGUUCGUUAGGGCUAGUCGGCCGAACGGGAGUGAUAGAGCGUCGUGGGAGGGAUUUGCUGUUGAAGAAGAUGAUCGUAGAAUUCAAUAG